AUGAGGUGAGCAGAGUUUAGUCCGAGAGAAGCGCUGCAACGGUGAUGUACGGACCCGCAUGCGGAACAUAAUAAACCAACCGUCAGUUUAAAAAAAAAAAACAUUUUUAAACUGACACGGACAAUUUACAGGCUACCUACGUUUGCAGACAAUGUCAACUGUGGAACGUUUUGAAUAGGACCGUUGUUAUUGAGACAUCGACCAUAACCCACCGCUGUCCGCUGCUGUCUCGUCUUCUAAACCGGAGAGUGAGAAACCAAGAAGGGACAUGCGGCUAUAUGGGAACGUGUAACCGGGCAUCAGUGCAGCUCGCGGGACCGGUGAUCACGUCUCUAAUAGCCGCUGCGGGAUCUAUAUUUUUCCAUCUGCAAUCUUCACAUCUCCCUCUCUCAGAAACAUUCUCCUCGGAAGAAUCCGGUGACUCACCGCGCGCGCCGCGAGGGGAGGCAAGCCGCUGCAUUCUAAUCAGCCGCGCCGGGAGAACGGAGAGGAGAACGGAGAGGAGAACGGAACGAGCUCAUUGACAUUACAGUCAUACUUUUCUGGAGCACUUUUUUACUUCGAUAGCUUGAGCCCGCACCACUGUAGCGCUGCUAGUCUGCGUCGGUCGGAGCUGGUUGGUGGCUUCAUUCCUCGCCAACCCGGAGAAGGAAUAGCAGGGUGACAGACAGACAGAGCGAGGGGACUGGGAUGUAACGUAAACCUAAACCAGGGAUUAUUUGUAUUUUCUAUUUAACCUGAUACCUUUCGGUAAGUGGAUGUUUUUGCCCCUUCUCUUGUCCACUGUCGUAGCGCAGGUGUUUAUUAUAGGAAUUAUAUUCUCACCAGGCGUAGCGCAGUUUUCAAACGGAAAACGGAUUACGGGAGUUUUUACCGAACCUCUCCAGUCACUCGGUGUGGACGCAACAGCUUCCGAGAAGCCACGAGCCUCGCCAGCCCAGGGAUGAGCUGGAACGGAAUAAAUAGGAGGCUUGAUUCUAGUCUUGUUUUGUGUCUCGGUAUUUAUGAUUUCCCUUUGGAUCGUUUUAAAUAGGCGGAUUAUGCUGAUUUGGUAAUGGGUGUAAGAGGCUCAUUUUAACGCAUUCCUAUUCAUAAGGGUGACUCAAGUAGUGUGGUUAUAUAGCUAUUCGUUUAGAUAUGGCUAUACAUUUUUCUAUGGCUUUAGUUAUAAGCUGUUGUAUGUGUCACAGGGAAAAAUUACAUUUAUUAAUAUUACAUUUAUUAAUACUUGUGACCGUUGUCAUCUAUAGACUAAUAAUCCAUUUGAAUAUCCUAUUCAAGCGCAUGUGUCAGAUUUGCUAAAACACACUGAUAGUUUAUUGACCACAUAUCCAUAUAAUCAAAAGGACAACAACACAGAGCAGUAUUGUGUAUCAUUAGCACUGCGCCUCCCCGACGCUUCUCAAGGUUACCUAAUUGACAGGCUAACCCCAUCCAUUGUGGGAAUGAUUUACGCAUUUGUUAUGCGUUUCAUGUUGAAGGACUCACUCACUGCAGAUUCACCAAAAGCUAGGGAUAUUAUUAUCGUCAAGACGAUUAAUUAUGUCUAGUAUAUUGAUAUAUAAAUACACUUUAUUAAUAUAGUAUUGUUAUUUACCUCCCUUUUGUGUUUCAGGGGGGAGAGUGAGAGCACGGGAACGCAUAACGGCUAUUGUAUUCGGUUGGAGACAGGAGACCGGAUUGCGAUUAUUCCUGAGAUGAGCCUGGGCGUUCAACUGAAUUUAAAUUAGGUGUUCGCAAGCACCACCGUUUUCUUUAAGGGAAAGGAGAGCGAGAGAGAGAGAAAAGGGAAUUUAAAUCGGUGCUCUAGAAUGACUUCUACAUUCCGCGAUGAACGGAACUGUGUGUUUGAACCUGAAUGGUAGAAAUCACCAAUUUUGUGUUGUAGAAAUCAACAGGUCGGAGUCGGAGGCGUAAAAUAUCCAGCGAAAUUAAAAAGCACUGCCUCUCACCGACGGGGGGAUGUAUCUUUCUAUUUUAUUUUUCCUUCUCCUGUGGGCUCAAGCCCUGGCUUUGAAAAACUUGAAUUAUUCCGUUAACGAAGAACAAGGACCGGGGACGGUUAUAGGGAACAUAGCCAAAGAUGCUAAACUCGGACUCGGGCAAGGGGGACAGGGGAAGAAAUCUAACUUCAGGGUUUUGGAGAAUUCAGCUCCACAUCUCAUCGAUGUGGACCCUGAGAGCGGGCUGCUCUAUACCAAGCAACGCAUCGACAGGGAAACACUGUGUCGGCGGAACCCCAAGUGCCAGCUCUCCAUGGAGGUAUUCGCUAACGACAAAGAGAUCUGCAUGAUUAAGGUAGAUAUAGUGGACAUCAACGACAACUCGCCCACGUUCCCUUCUGAUCAGAUUGAUAUCGACAUUUCUGAGAACGCUGCCCCCGGCACCCGCUUCCCGCUGACUAGCGCGCAUGACCCGGACGCCGGGGAGAAUGGGCUGAAAACGUAUCAGAUCACACGAGACGACUACAAUCUAUUUUCUCUGGAUGUAAAAUCCCGCGGGGAUGGGACUAAAUUUCCCGAGUUAGUUAUCCAACGGCCAUUAGACCGGGAGGAACGUAACCAUCACACCCUCAUCCUAACCGCUACGGACGGUGGGGAGUAUCCCAGAUCAGGAACCAUGCAGAUUAAUGUGAAAGUUAUUGACUCUAACGAUAACAGCCCUGUGUUUGAACAGCCCUCCUAUGUUGUAGAAAUCCCAGAAAACUCCCCCCCGGGGAAAGUAUUGAUAGAUUUAAACGCCACAGACCCAGACGAGGGUUCCAACGGUCAGGUGGUGUAUUCAUUCAGCGGUUAUGCCCCUGAUAGAAUCAGAGAACUCUUCUCUAUAGAUUCUAGAACGGGAGUCAUUAAAAUCCAAGGAGAGAUUGACUAUGAGGAGAACCCUAUUAUAGAAAUAGAUGUUCAGGCGAAGGAUCUGGGCCCUAACCCCAUCCCAGGCCACUGUAAAGUAACGGUGAAUGUGAUUGACAGGAAUGACAACUGGCCCUCCAUUGGGUUUGUGUCUGUGAGGCAGGGGGCCAUUAGCGAGGCAGCCCCACCAGGCACGGUCAUUGCCCUGGUCAGAGUCACGGACAAAGACUCUGGGAGGAACGGGAAGCUCCAGUGUAGAGUCUUGGGAAACGUUCCGUUCAAACUGGAGGAGAACUACGACAACUUCUACACCGUGGUGACGGACAGGCCUCUGGACAGAGAACAGCAGGACGAGUACAACGUCACCAUCGUCGCCAAGGACAACGGCACCCCGCCCCUUAACUCCACCAAGUCGUUCACGGUGAAGAUUUUAGACGAGAACGAUAACGUUCCGCGCUUCACCAAAGCCGUGUACCUGCUCCAGGUGCCGGAGAACAACAUCCCCGGGGAGUAUCUGGGUUCCGUUCUCGCACUAGACCCGGACCUGGGCCAGAACGGAACCGUGUUCUACUCCAUCCUCAACUCCAACGUGAGCGGAGGAGACGUCAACACCUUCGUGAACGUGAACGCGGCCAACGGGGCAAUCUACGCCGUGAGGUCGUUCAACUACGAGCAGAUCAAGUUCUUUGAUUUUAAGGUUUUAGCGAAGGAUGCGGGGUCUCCCCACCUGGAGAGCAACACCACGGUCAGGGUCAGCGUCUUAGACGUUAACGACAACAUCCCCGUCAUCGUUCUCCCGCUGCUCCUGAACGACACGGCGGAGAUCCACGUGCCACGGAACGUCGGCGUAGGUUACAUCGUCACCACGGUGAGGGCGGUCGACAACGAUUACGGCGAGAGCGGGCGGUUGACCUACGAGAUCUCUGACGGUAACGAGGAGCGUCUGUUCGAGAUGGACCCGGUGACGGGCGAGGUUCGUACCGCUCACCCCUUCUGGGAGGACGUCAGCCCCACGGUGGAGCUGAUCAUCAGGGUGAUGGACCACGGGAAGCCCACCCUCACCACCGCCGCACGCCUCAUCGUCAAGGCCUACAGCGGGCCGCUCCCGGGCGGGGAGCCCCACAUCAACGAAGAGCAGCACAACUGGGACGCCUCGCUUCCCCUCAUCGUCACCUUAUCCGUCAUCUCCAUGAUGCUGCUGGCGGCCAUGGUAACCAUCGCCGUGAAGUGCAAACGGGAGAACAAAGAGAUCAGGACGUACAACUGCCGCAUCGCAGAGUACUCUCACCCACAGCUGGGCAAAGGCAAGAAGAAGAAGAUCAACAAGAACGACAUCAUGCUGGUUCAGAGCGAGGUGGAGGAACGGGACGCAAUGAACGUCAUGAACGUGGUGAGCUCACCAUCGCUCGCCACCUCCCCCAUGUAUUUCGAUUACCAGACGCGGCUGCCGCUGAGCUCGCCCAGGUCGGAGGUCAUGUACCUCAAGCCCACGGCCAACAACCUGUCGGUGCCCCAGGGACACGGCGUCAGCUGUCACACGUCCUUCACUGGCCCGGUGACUAACACCACAGAUACCCCCAGUAACAGGAUGUCCAUUAUACAGGUAG